AUGACCGAUAGACUCGAAAAUGAGCGGUUUCCGCUCCUCCACAACCAUUCACGUAGAAACUCGGUCACAGCAGAGGUCAACGAAAAUGAUAUCAUUGCCUAUGUCCAGCUGAGAAGAGCAUCCAUUGUCUCCGUGGGCACUGGAAAGAUGCCUUCCCAUUUUGCAUUGACUCUGAAGAUGUCCCGCUCCAGUUUGAAUGAGGGGUUGCACCCUGUGCGGUCAACGACAUCGACGUUGGGCGAUGUGAGCGAGAUUUUGUCGGUGCACUCCAAAUCGCUCAUCAAUGAGCCACAUACAUCUGUAGGAACCGAGGCAAAGGUCUUGAUGCGGUACUCAGGACCCUUGAUCGUGACAUUUCUCUUGCAAUACUCGCUCACCGUUGCCUCUGUGUUUUCCGUUGGCCGGUUGGGCUCCGUAGAGUUGGCCGCCGUGUCUUUGUCGAGUAUGACCGCCAACAUUAGUGGAUACGCCAUUAUUCAGGGUGUUUCGACCUGUCUUGACACAUUGUGUGCCCAGGCGUUUGGCCGUAAAGACUUCAAUACUGUAGGAAUGCAUUUUAUCCGGUGCACGUAUCUUUUGAUGUUGCUUUACAUUCCCAUCUUCGUUUUGUGGGUGUUCUUCUCGGAACUGAUUUUACUCAAGUUGGUUGGCGCGGACAAGCAGGACUUGGUCGCCUACGCCAGCCAGUACUUGCAGGUUUUGGCGUUUGGAAUACCGGGCUUCAUUGUAUUCGAGAAUUUGAAGCAUUUUCUACAGUCCCAGGGUAUCUUCCACGCAUCGACAUAUGUUCUCUUGUUCUGUGCUCCGCUCAAUGCUUUGAUGAACUACGUCCUUGUCUGGGACGAAAAAAUUGGAAUGGGCUUUAUUGGUGCGCCCUUGUCGGUGGUCAUUACAAAUUGGAUCAUGUGCUUCUUCUUAUUGGGCUACACCAUCUACGUGAACGGCUAUCAAUGCUUGCCUCGUCAAAGCUUGUUGCAUGAAUCGUAUUUUAGAAACUGGAAUAGAAUGAUCAAGUUGUCCAUUCCUGGUGUGUUGAUGGUCGAAGCAGAGUGGUUGGCUUUCGAAAUCAUCACUUUCACUGCCUCCACAUUUGGAACAGAUGCCUUGGCUGCCCAGUCCAUUGUUUCCACCACCUGUGUGUUGCUUUAUCAAGUCCCAUUCGCAUUGUCCAUUGCUGCAUCCACGAGAAUUGCUUGGUACAUUGGCGCAGCAGCAAAAAAUGCCUCAUUAAUAGCUGCAAAGACAGCCAUGUACUGUGCUCUUGUUUUAGGAUGUUUGAACGCUUUGGUCUUGUACCAAUUCAGAGUGUUCUUUGCAUCUUUGUACACCAGCGACUCAUCUGUUAUAGAGCUUGCUUCCCAGGUUCUUGUCAUUGGUGCAAUCUACCAAAUCAAUGACUUUUUGGCCUGUAUCACGGGAGGAAUUCUUCGUGGACAAGGUAGACAGCACAUCGGAGGCAUCAUGAACCUUGUGUCGUACUAUUUUGUCGCGUUGCCAUUUGCAUUCCUCAUUGCCUUCCACUUCGAAAUGAAGUUGUUCGGGUUAUGGAUCGGUAUGAUCAUCGGAUUGUUGUUUGUCUCUAUCUUCCAGACCUAUUUUGUAGUUACCAGCGACUGGGACCACAUCAUCCUGGAGUGCAUCAACGAGGGUAUUGUAGAGGAUGGAGCGCUUCUGAUUGAUGCCCAUUCCCUUGUUCCAGCAAUGCUGUCGAACCACUUGGUCUAA